AUGUAUCCAUCAUAAACGUCAAAAGUUAACAGUAAAGCAAAAAUAAUACAGCAACGCGUGUUUUACAUUGCUCGUGUUUUCUUAUCGAAUUCUCCAAGAAAAUGCUUCGUCGUCAAGCUCGGCUUCGCCGAGAGUACCUUUAUCGGAAAGCCGUCGAAAAUAGACACAAGUCGCUGCAGGAUAAAAAGGAGAAAAUAAAAAGGGCUCUCGAAGAUCACACACCGAUUCAUGGCGAUUUGAAGAAAGAUGCCCUCACGUUGCAAGAUAAACUAAAAUGGAACGACGAAGGACCAAAACGGGCUGUGGAAAUCGCUGGAGUCAGUGGCGGAGCUAACACUGCAAACUCUCAGGAUGAUGAAUAUCGAUACGCAGGCUGUGAAGAUCCGAAAAUUAUGAUUACCACCUCUCGUGAUCCAUCAGCCAAAUUGAAGCAAUUUGUGAAGGAAUUACGAUUGGUAUUUCCCAAUGCUCAAAGGAUGAAUCGAGGUAAUUUUGAAAUGAAGCAAUUAGUGCACGCUUGCCGAGCAAACAAUGUGACAGAUUUCAUAAUAGUUCAUGAGCAUCGAGGUGUACCGGAUAAUCUUAUCAUAUGUCAUUUACCAUACGGGCCCACUGCAUCGUUCAAUCUGUCGGAUGUUGUGAUGCGACAUGACAUAGUUGACAUCGGACCAAUGAGUGAACAAAAACCACAUUUGAUUUUCCAUAAUUUCAAAACGAAGCUAGCUGAGAGAACAAUGUCUAUCUUGAAAUAUUUGUUUUCAGUGCCGAAGGCAGACUCGAAACGAGUUAUGACUUUCGCUAACCAUGACGAUUACAUUAGCUUUCGUCACCACACAUUCAAAACCGUAGAAAAGGAGUUGGUGCUAACUGAGGUUGGGCCUAGAUUUCAACUGAAGCUAUAUCAAAUUAAAUUGGGAACUUUGGAUGAACUUGAUGCUGCCGACACCGAGUGGGUUUACAGACCUUAUAUGAAUACAGCUGGCAAAAGAAGGUUUUUGUCUGACGAUGAUGGAUGGCAACAGGAUGAUGAUGUCUAAUAAAAGUUAUUUUUA